GUGCCAUUCUGUGAUUCUGUGACUUUCUCUGGCACAGCUGUCCUUAUACACAGUGGACAUAUGCAGUCUGCACACCUGAAUGCCUGGUGCCUUAGCAGUGCUUACACCUUUGUACUACCAUCUCAACAAUGCAUGUCUUGUCUGAUCCACCAGCUCAUCCAUUUGGAGAAAUUUCAAUUUUUUCCUCUGUAGCUCAGUCUUCACUGACCAGGUUAAGUCAGACUCAAUGAUCUCCAGCGUGGCCUCCAACCCCUACAAUCCUGUGUGAUUCCGUGACUCCAUAACCAUAUGGCCCUUAGCUGUGCCCGGUUAUAGGACGCUAAACUCUUUCACUUAUCACGCCACCGUUAAAUAGCCAGCACAAACACUGGGAGACUUCGAUGUGUAAUGCCGAGAAGCCAACGACAGCACAAAAAGCAGAGACAAAGCCGGCUCGUUCCGCCGAGACGACCCUUGGUGUCACAGCAGAGCUGCUCAGCCGCUCGGGGCGCUGCGGCUCUGCGGGAGCUCCGGGCCAUCCCGGCUCGGUCCGCCGCCGGCCCGCAGGACUACAUCUCCCAGCAGCGCCGCUCAGGGAAGUGCUGCCCGCCCGCGGCUCGGGUGGCCGCCGGAGGAGGCGGGAGUCCGCCCCCCUCCCUCUCUCCUUCGCUCGCUGCGGGAUGCUGCGCUGAGCAGAGCCGGCCGGCCGCUCUCGCAGCCACCCGCGCGGGGACAAGGCGCCGCGCGUCCCGCUCCCUCCCCGCCCCCCAUGCGGAACGCCCCGGUGCGGCGGUGAGGGAAGGACGAGGGUCCCGGCCUUCCCGGCUGCUUCCCAGCCUCGCUGCGCUCCCCCGGCUCCUCGGCGGUGCGGCUCGGUCGGGGGUAGCCCUGUCAAUGUGUAGCAUUUGGCGGUGGUGCGUGGCGCUGGGGGUCCUCGCGCUGGGCGCUGCCGGGGGCGGCGGGGGCCGGCUGAGCGCCGAGCGCAGCGCCGUAUGGGGGCCGGGGCUGCGCGCCGAGGCCGUGCUGCCCGCGCGCUACUUCUACCUGCAGGCCGUGGACACCGAGGGGCGGAGGUUCACUUCAUCACCAGGUGAAAAUGCAUUCCAGGUGAAGAUCACUGCUCCUGAUGAACAGUUCACUCGGGUUGGUGUGCAAGUUUUGGACAGGAAAGAUGGUUCCUUCAUUGUGAGGUAUAGGAUGUAUGCAAGCUACAAAAGCCUGAAAAUAGAAGUCAAAACCAAAGAUAAACAUGUUGCGAAGUCUCCAUAUAUUUUAAAAGGACCGGUUUACCAUGAAAACUGUGACUGCCCUCAGGAGGAGAGCAGUGUAUGGCUGGAAGAGAUGAACUGUCCUCAGGUCUUUCCACAGAUUCAAAGAGACCUAGCAAAUUUUCCUGUUGUUGAUCCAGAUAAGAUUGCAAUAGAAAUCCCACAGAGGUUUGGGCAAAGACAGAGCUUGUGUCAUUACACCAUCAAAGACAAUGAGGUUUAUAUAAAGACGUAUGGGGAACAUGUUGGCUUCAGAAUUUUCAUGGAUGCUAUACUUCUUUCUUUGACGAGAAAAGUGAAAAUGCCAGAUGUAGAAUUUUUUGUUAACUUGGGGGAUUGGCCUCUGGAGAAAAAGAAACCCCCUCAGAACCUGCACCCUAUAUUCUCAUGGUGUGGGUCCAGUGAAUCGAAAGACAUUGUCAUGCCAACAUAUGACUUAACAGAUUCGGUUUUGGAGACUAUGGGACGAGUCAGUCUGGAUAUGAUGUCAGUUCAAGCAAAUACUGGCCCAUCAUGGGAAGACAAGAAUACCAUAGCAUUCUGGAGAGGACGUGACAGCCGCAAAGAGAGGCUUGAACUUGUAAAGCUCAGUAGAAAAUAUCCAGAGAUUAUAGAUGCUGCUUUCACAAACUUCUUUUUUUUUAAACAUGAUGAGAACCUUUAUGGCCCCAUUGUCAAGCACAUUUCAUUUUUUGAUUUUUUUAAGUAUAAAUACCAAAUUAAUAUUGAUGGCACAGUGGCAGCAUAUAGAUUACCUUAUCUACUAGCAGGAAACAGUGUAGUGCUAAAGCAAGACUCCAUCUACUAUGAGCAUUUUUAUAAUGAGCUGCAGCCAUGGAAACACUACAUUCCAUUUAAAAGUGACCUGAGUGAUCUACUAGAAAAACUACAGUGGGCGAAAGAGCAUGAUGAAGAGGCAAAAAAGAUUGCAAAAUCUGGACAAGAAUUUGCAAGAAACAAUCUCAUGGGCGAUCACAUCUUUUGCUACUAUUUCAAACUUUUCCAGGAAUACUCCAGUUUGCAAGUGAGUGAGCCAAAAAUCAGAGACGGCAUGGAGAAAGUGCAGCAGCCUGAGGAUGACCUUUUUCCAUGCACUUGCCACAGAAAAAAGACCAAAGAUGAACUCUGACAGAAAGAUAUAUUUUUUUUUUUUUUUGUAUUUACCUACAUUCAAAAUCACUUCUUAAGAAAAGAAGGAAACAUUUAAUUAAAACCUCAGUGGAUAUUAUGAAGUUUACUCUGUCAUGAUCUACAUACGGAAGAAAACCAGCCACCACCUAUUUCCUUUUUAUCAUGCAAUAGUGAUGGAGCCUUGUUCAAAAAACACUACAAUUUUUAUAUUUUUUUUAAAUAAAAACCAUGUUUAUAACAGCCAUUUGUUACGCUUCUGAGAUACUUUUCAAGUAGAUACUCUCAAUAAACUGAGACAGAAUAUUCAGUAUACUGAGACUAGUUACAAAUAUGUUCUGCAAAAAUGUCCAGAUGAAACCUGCAAAUCUAUCCCCAGUGUAUGUAUCCAAAGUGCUCUUUCUCAGACCAUCAUUUUGUUCCUUCUGAGAGAGGCAAUAUUCCCAAAGACAAUGAUUGUGGGGUUUGUAAUGUAUUUUUCAAUCUGAAGGAAAAAUACAUCACUUUAGAACACUAUAGGCAUAUUAGAUACAAAAAUUAAGUUCCAUGAUUUUUCAAAGAUGCUACCACAAUGUAAAAAAAAAAAAAAAAAG